AUGAAAGAACUAUCCUUGGAAAACGAAUUGGAACUGAUCUAUGAGUACACGUUGUCAGUGGAACUUUUAAUAAAACGGUUGAGUGAUUAUAUCAAGAGGAAACACACACAGAAAAAAAUAAUUGAAAGGAGGGAUCUUUUGAACAAAUUUGUUCUCAAGUACCUAAAUAAAAAUGUCCCCUCGAAGUUAUCUCAUCAUAUGCGAUAUGCCAAGAAUAACAAAUUUUAUGAACAGAUUUUUUUGUGCGCCUUCUACCAUGUCAUUGUAAAGUUGGUGGUGCGCGACCCUCUGUUCGGUUUGCAGAAGGGAGAAGGACGAAGCGGUCAUGAUGGGUUGAACGCAAGUGAUGGUUGUAGGCUGAACGGAGGGCAGCCCAAAUGUACAGAAAGGGCAAAUGUGUAUGUGACCACGAAUGAAGGGAUGGGGAGGAAAGAGGAAGUGUGCAACAAGGCGGUUGAGUACAUAAUGAGGGAGAAUUUGCCUUGUCACAAGUUAAAUGACGGACUUUUAAUUCUUCAUUCAACGUAUGAGCAAAUAUGCGACGUCAUUUAUGCAUUCAGCGUUAUAUGCUAUGUGUACGAGUUUCACUCGUUUUUUAGAAUAAGGAAUGUAAAAAUUGCAAAAAAUGACAAGUGCGCAUUUGGCUUUUUCAGCUGGAUUUACGACAUCAAGUUGUUCGUUUUGAAAAAUUUGAAGCUGGGACAGGUGCGCACAAGUGGGAGAACAGGGAGACGUGACGGAAGUAAUGAGAAUCAUUCGGGGCAGACGCAGAGCCCCAGUGUAGCCCCGAACAACGCAGAGACGUGUCAUAAUGGCCAGGAGAACGAGUUUGAUAGUGGAAGCAGCAGCAACGCAGAUUUUAUGACAAGCACGGAGGGUGGAGGAAACACAUUUGUAAAAAUGUGUGUAGAUAAAAACGGUCCACAGGAGAAUUCCGCCCACCUGGGUAAUAGCACCGUGGAAAUAGAAAACUCAAUUGUUGAUGAAGAAUUUUUUAAUUUCAUGUUAAGCAGGGGCAAACAUAUUGAAAGAAUUUUCUUCGCCCAUCCGGAUGAGGUGCAAAGUUGCUAUGAUGGCAUAAAUGGCGAAGGACUUUCAAGUAACCAUUUAGGAAGAGGCACCAACAAGGGAGGUAAAAAUAGCCAAGAUGAUAAGAGAAGGAAUUACCCAAAUGAUACUCCCGAUAGGGAUAGGAAUGUAAUGUCAAAUGAUAUAAACAAUGGAGUUGGAGUUUCUGUGGGUCAAUUUCACGGUGGAAAUGGUCACGUAGGAAUGUAUGCCCAGUUCAGAAAUGAUACGAAUAGGGUGUUAGUUUAUGGGGGUAAGUGGAAGAUAAAAAAUUAUAGCGAAGUAAAGACCCAUUUUGAGCAGCUAUACAAUAAGAUGAAGAACGUGAAGACAUCCAAAUUGUACAUACCCCUCUGUCUUUACGUCAAUUACGCAUUUGAUUUUUAUCACUUGAGCGCAAAAAGGAAAAGUUGGAAAAUUAUAAAUGUUAGUUUAUGUUUUGAUGAAGGAGCGUAUGACUGUACCAAGGUUAACAAAAAUUGCAAUACAAAUCAUGUGAACAGUUUUUUUUCAAACUGGAAUAGACAGCCGGAGGAGGAUGUGAACAGGAGAAGCUGCGUUUCGUUUUAUAUGGGAGGCCUUGUCGAAUUCAUUAACAAAAAUAACAGUUUGAAAAAAAGGCGCAUAAUGGCUGCGCUGAAGAAAUAUAUCGAUUGCGAAAUGCUCGAUAGAAAUAAUUCGCCUUCCCUGGAGGAGAACGAAGAGGAUGAGAAAAAAAAUAAAUGUGAUGCAGCAGACUGUGAUCAAUACUAUAAGAUAUUUUACACACCCAAUGGAGUGUUUGGACAGGAUGGAGACAUUGGAAGGAGGGAACCUGGAUGUAAAAACAACACCCACAGUGCGUCGUCCUCUGAGCAUUUUAGUUCUGACCAUAUAAGUGGAGAAAUGGAUCAAAUGCAACCCCAUGGAGGACAAAAUAACUACCCAUGGAACGGCACAACAAUCGAUCAUGAGCAAAAAAAAGGCCAAAAGGGAAGAAAAAAAAAUGCACAUAUUGGUCCAUGUCAAAGAGGAAAGAAGAACCCAAAUUAUUUCGUUAUAGGGAUAAACGAAUUUGUUAGCGAGCUUCUUUAUAUGUUCAUUUCAUAUGUCUGCUUGAAUGUUACAAAAAUUGCAAUUUUCCUAAUCGAGAGGUAUAAGAUGACCAUACCGAACAGGUACUUAGAUCUGAGCUCCUACCUAUUUAUAUGCCAAUCGAAUAAGCUGAAUUCAAACAUUCUACAUUUCAUAAACAAGUACAAAAUUUAUCAUUAUCUUUUUCGAAAUGAUGUUUCAAAGAAGGACUUGAAGGAGAAUUAUUUUAUUUACAAAAAGAUCAAGUGCAGUGAGAUGGGGAGAAAGCACAAUGAUCUGUACUUGAAAUUUUUGGAAGACAUUGAAACUCAGUAUUAUGUGACUUGUUCUGGAGAGAAUAAGAGGGGAUAUUCGGCACUAUGUUCUGGAAAUGCGGUCGAUAAUAGGGGGAGCAAUGAUUACUCGAUGCGCGUUCGGUUGAGGGAAGGACGCCGCAGAGGGAAGCAACUUGAGGGGAAUUUUGACACAGGACACCCUUAUGAUAGUGGUAAUGGGGAAAGAAACGCGGGCUUAACGAGCAGUAGUAACAGUUUUAGCAAUGAGGGAAGCCACGGAGAAAGCCAUGGACGAGGAAAUCGUGAGGGAAGCCAAAGCGGAAGUAACAGUGGAACUCACAGCGACAGCAAUAGAAGUAGAAGCAGCAAAUUGUACUCCACACCCAACACUUGUACGAAUAGCCACAACCAACAUAUUAAUGAGUCUUCGUCAACUAAGAAGGAAAACAUGAAAGGUGAUAUGAAAAAUGUUUUGGUAUGGGCAGAGAAUCACAGUAGCCAGUCAAGCGAAUGGAAGAAUUGCUCCAGCAGCAAUGUCAAUUUCAAGCACGGACAACACAGUGCUACAAUUGCUACUGUGGAAAGGAGUCAAGGGGGAGGAAUGGCGCUACCAAAAAGUAAUCACACCGAUAUGAAUAGCCCGAAUGAUGAAAUGGCAUGCGAUGUGGCAACUGCCAUUUUGUACCCAUCGGAUGGGAGGAGCGCAAAAGGGGGUGCUGCACAGAUCGGGGGGUUCCCUUGUGCAGAUGCCGUGUGCUUGGGUGGAAGUAACCGUAGUGGAGGUACCAACAGGGAGAAUGCCUUCCAUGCGGGCGUAACCCACGAAGGCGACCAAGCCGAGAACAAAAGAAUCGAAGAGGUAGACCAUUCCCCGAACUUGAACCAUAUGAACAACAGCAAAUAUUACAACGAUAUUACGUACAACAGUUGCGAAGGUGAACAAUACUACUGCGAGGUUCAUAGCAACAACGUGUGCAAGAGGGAGGAUACACACAAUAGAGUGAAAAUAUAUUAUCCAGAGGGGUGCACGCAAGAGAAGCGGUUGGAGCGUUCAGAUAUAUUGGAGCUGGCGGAGCAGUUCAAUUGGCAAGACAAAAAUGGCCAUGCUUUGGCGAAUGAAGUGUGUAACGUAGGAGACAGUUGGUACUACGGUUGCGCUGCGGGGGAGAAAGAAAGAAUGGUUAACGUUCCCCUGGUGAGCGUCUCUCCUAGCAGUUCACCCCUAAACCCUGCGUAUGUUAGAAGCAUAAACUUCCUCAAUCGUGAGGCGUACCCAGUCAAGCUAAACGUGCCAUACAGCCUGAACCUGAAUGACAUUCUAAAGAGCGACGUGCGCAUUUUACACUUGGUCGACAGCUGCAAGGGAAACAAAACACUGGAGCUAGAAUUGAUAAAGCAGCAACUAAAAAACGGAAACGUAAAGUACGCAAUCAAGUUACUAAAGAUGUUCAACUAUGAGUUGCUACAAUUUCCAAACCUAUUCUACUACCUAAAUUAUAAGUCUUACAAUUAUCUGGUGAACAGCUUCGACAGAAGGUACAUAAUUUAUUACCUAUAUGACAACCCUAAGUAUUUGAAGAUGUAUUUUAAUGCUUUAUUGAAGAAGAAGAAUUUGGAGGCGUGUCUCUUGGCUGUGUACUUUUUGUACCCCUUGUACAUUUCUUCUGAAGACGUAGACUUUCGAAUGUUUUACUUUUUGUUUUUCAAGCCGAGGAAGAUGAAGAAGACGAAUUACAACAGCAACAUUGUACACAACGAGCCGUACCUGCGUCAAUACGAAAAUGAGUACAGAGAUAGAGACCGAGACGCAAGAAGGAACAGCGGUAGUGGGUUUGCCGACGGCGAUGGAAAUGCCUGCGAAAAUGGUACCGAUAGUGGUGCUGGCAGGGGCAGCCCCCCUGUUGCAGGUAUGAACCCAUUGUGCAAUCAGAACUACAACACUGUAUACUCCUUUCUAAAAAACGAAUGUGUAAUUAUUAAUGACCUCCAUUUUUGUUUCAAAAAUGAGGAAGUCAUGCCUUUCGACAGCGUCACGAGGAAGGUGUACAAAUUGACAGACCUGUGUAAAUAUUUCGACGUAUUUGAAAAGCUAAAAAAAAUUAAUACGGAAAUUAUUAGAAACUCGUUUGAUUAUCUAAUUAAGAGGAACGGAAAGUGUUCAUGUCCAAAGAAUUUUAUUUGCAUAAACGACUUAGGGUCAUCUUUGAAAGUCGUAAAAGUUUUAGAAACGUUCGAAGAUUUCUUUACACUUUAUGAAUACAUAAAGAAAAAAGAGAGAGUCAUAUUUAUUGAUGCAGAAUGGAAAUGUACUAUAUUUCGUGAAAACCCCAUCGUUUCGAUUUUUCAAGUAGCCCUAAAAGAUAACCCCGUGUCGUACAUAAUUGAUUUGAAAAAAAUUGCAGUAGAGAAUUACGAAAUUAAUUAUUACAUUUCUGAUCUUUUUCGGGAUCAAAAUAUUAUUAAAGUUGGAGUGGCUUUUUUAAACAACGAUAUGUUACAUUUUAGAAAAUACUAUGACAUUUUUGCCAUGUUGAAAUGGGAAAAAUAUCACAGCAUAUUGGUGGACAGCAUUGAUAAGGGAGAAGAAGUAUCCAUCAUGGGAGAAGAUCAUACGGACUUUUUGGCUUCAUAUGAACUCCCAUUAGGAAAGGAACAAAUGACUAGCAACAGCACGAGUGACUGGGAUGUGUUGUUAAGGCGGAUUAUGAAGAGCGUCUGCGAGAGUGAUGACCGCAGUGGAAAUGCAAAUGAUGGUGGGAUCCAUCUGAACGAAGGGGAACAAGGUCAACAUACUAACAGGAAUGGUCCCCAUGCGGCAGAUAAACGAAGGAAAGGAGGAGGAAUACAAAAUACCAAUUUGAGUAACGACAUAAGUUAUAAGAAUAUCUUUCCUGUUAAUUAUUUUGUGAAAUACAAAAAGAACCAAGCAUUGAUAGAUAAGCAUUUGAACUCAAAAUGCAGUGUAUGUGGAAAGGUUGGGAUUUACAGUUGUAUACACAAGUACUAUGACUUGGAGUGUAUUUACCUGAAAUAUUAUGAGCAGCUGAAGGGGUACUUUCCUCAUUUACGAAAGAACAUGAGUUAUUCUGUCAAAAUAUUUGGGAAAGCUUUAUGUCCAGACAAGGAAGUUAACAAAGAGUGCCAGCUCAUGAACUGGAACUUUAGGCCCCUUUCCUCCACCAGUGUAGAGUAUGCCAUACUAGACGUUCUUAUUUUGAAGAACUUUUUUAAUUUAAUUCAGUCCAAGUUGUCAUUUAGUAUUGAGCAGGCCCUCUAA